AUGUCUUUCCUUAAUACUCUGGUUCUUGGCUCUGCUUUGACGGUAACGGAUUGUGACUAUUCGGGGUUGCAUCAGCUCUUGGAUCAGAUUCAGGGGAUAGCUUCACCUGUUCUUCAGUUUUCACUCAAGAGGAACGACAUUGAGGAGCACUUUACUACACUGGAAAGUUUGAUCAAGGAACGAACUAAAGAGGUAGAGCUCAAGGAGAGAAGUGUGAUGAAACGGAAUAUGGAGUUGGAGAAGAAGGAAGAGGAGGUUAUAGAGAGGGAGAGGAAGCAGUGUCUGUUAUCAUCUCUUCUCAAGAGGUUGGACUGUGAGACUGCUAAUGAAGCAGCUAACGUGCUUGAAGAGAGGGUAAAAGAGGUUGAGAGGAUAUCAAAGUGUAACGAUGACAAGUCACGUGAGUUAGACAAAGAUGCUGAAAUGGUGAAAGAAUCUCUUAAGCAGCUUGAAACUAGGGAGAAGAAGCUUAGCUUAAUUGAUGAAGCUAUCAAAGAGAUGAUGUCUGCUUUGAAGAAGAAAGAGAAGACCUUUGAUGCAGAGCAGAUAGUAAAAGCUGAGAGGAUGGAGUUGAAGUGCAAAGAGAAGAUGGCUACUUUGGAGAAGAAAGAGAUGAUGUUUGAAGUGAAACAGAAAGCUAAGGCUGAGGAGAUGGAUGUUAGGGAAAAGAAGCUUGAGGAAAGAGAGAAAGAGCUUAGCUUACGUGAUGAAGCUAUCAAAGAGAAAGUGAUUGAACUGAAGAAGAAGGAGAUGAUCUUUGAAGCUGAGGAGAGAGAGUUGAAGAGUAAAGAGAAGAUGGCUGCUUUGGAGAAGAAAGAGAAGAUCUUUGGAGCAGAACAGAAAGCUAAAGCUGAGGAGAUGAAUGUUAAGGAAAAGAAGCUUGACGAAAGAGAGAAAGAGCUUGACUUGAAGCAGAAAAAGUUAGAACAAGUCAUGGACAAGCUUAAAGAGAGGGAGUUACAAGAGCAAGCUGGUUCUCUUAUUCCUCCUGCAAAAAGGCACAAAACACACAACCAUGACGAUGCAGCUUCAGCUUCUCAACAACAAAGAGACAAAGCGUGUAAAGUAGAAGAGGAACCUGAGAAGAUAAAGAUUCCUGACUCAGAGUUUCAUGACUUCAGAAAGACAAUGAGCUCUUUCUUGGUUGAUAAGAUAUGGGCGCUUUAUGAUCCUAGAGAUGACAUGCCACGGCUGUACGCUAAAAUCAAGAGGAUUACCAAGUAUAAGUCAACUCUUGACGUUACAUGGCUUGAUCACAAAGAUGAGGAAUCAGUUCCCGUUGCUUGUGGGAGGUUCACAUACGGGAGAACAGAAACAGUAAACCACUUGACGUUUUCUCAUGAAGUAAAACCCAUCAUACAUGGCAGGAACAUCUCUGUAAACCCAAAAGAAGGUGAAACGUGGGCUGUGUUCAGAGACUGGAGUCCAAGCUGGGAGAAUAACCACAAGCCUCCUUAUAGAUACGACUUUGUGGAAGUGGUGGAAGUCUUUGAGGAUCAUCAGGGCGUUGGAGUGACCUACCUAGGGAAGGUGGAAGGCUUUGUAUCAGUGUUUAAACACCCUGUGCAGAAUGGAGUGUAUAAAAAGGUGAUCGGACCAAAUGAAAUGCAGAGAUUCUCUCACAGAGUUCCAUCUGUUAGAUUGAAUGGAGAAGAGAGAGAAGGAGUUCCUGCUGGCUCUUUUGAGCUUGACCCUGCUGCUGUCCCAAGAUACAUACUACGUGGGAAGAAGAAGGAGGUUCAAGCUGGCUCUGCAGAAGACAACCCUCUUAUUAUCUUAGAUUGA